UCCUCCUCUUGGCGGGAGGAGUCACCUGCGCCAGGAAGGCUCAGGAGAGAUUCCCAGCGGACUGGCCCCCAUGGCUUCGUGGGGGAGCUUCUGGUGGCCGCUGACCUGGACCGUCUUCAUGCACUCGGCCCUCCUACAGACCGCUGCCGAGAAGUCUCCUGGAGCCUAUUUUCUCCCCGAGUUCGCGCUCUCCCCGCAGGGAAGCUUUCUCGAGGACACGACGGGGGAGCAGUUCCUCACGUACCGCUAUGACGACCAGACCUCGAGAAACACCCGUGCCGAUGAAGACAGAGACACCAACUGGGACACGUGGGGCAGCUGGAGCGACUGCUCCCGGACCUGUGGGGGAGGGGCGUCCUACUCUCUGCGCAGGUGUUUGCCGGGGAGGUCUGCCUGUAUUAAGUACUGUGUGAAAAUGUAA